CACCACUGCUCCAUAGAGAAAACAAAAAAAAUCUCUAUUAUCAAACUCAUAAAAAAAUCAUGAAUUCCAAUUUUACCCCUCACCACUCUCUCAAUUUCCCAAUCCCUGCCUUCAGAACACCUUCUCUCAUCGGCGCUAACCACACCUCCGCUCGAUUCUGCACCAGAUAACAAAAAGAAAUAAGAAAAAGCUUUUUUUCUUUUUUUAAUUUCAUUCAAAAAAAAAUUUGAAUAUUUUUUUCUUCAAAUUAUUGUUAUUUUCUGUAAAGAGUGCACAAUCUGUUUAUAUGGAGCCUGCCGCAGGCAAGCCGGGCUUUCUGAAGAACGUUCUGAUACGGUUACUUCUCUUUGGCGUUUUCCUCGUUAUCGUUCGGUUCGCUUACGUCAUCACCGUCGCUGGCGAGUCAUGCAAUUCCGGCAACUUCUGCUUCUUCUCUUCGCCGGAGACUCUCGACGUCGCCAUCGCUGGAUCCGGAGCUGUUGCUCUCGCCGCCAGUAGCUCUGCCCUCGCCGGCGUUGCAAGGCCAGAGCUUUACGCCAGCAAGGACUGGGUCAACGGCGUGCGUUUCUACUCGUCGGUGUUCCAGGACCUGAUCGCCGGAGGUUACCUCUCGCCGGAGUCGAAAUCGCUCUGCCUGGAGACGCCGACCGGACGUGACGUAUUCGCGCUUCGAGAGAUCGGCGUUUUGGACGCCGUCGGAAUCUCGAAGAAGGCGUCGAAGCCGUUGGUGAAAUCCGGCGAAGCUCAUCGGAUUCCGUUCGGGAACAACAGUUUUGACUUCAUCUUUUCCGGCGACGGAGGACUGGAGAAAUCGGCGCGGCCGUCGGAAUUCGCCUCUGAGGUUGCACGAACGCUCAAACCCGAAGGGUUUGCCGUGUUCCAUGUAAAGGCUAAAGACACUUACAGUUUCAAUUCAUUCGUUGAUUUGUUCAAAUUUUGUUGCAAAGUAGUGAAAUUGAAUGAUAUAGAAGGGUUUGAUUCAUCAAUGCCUUACAUAAGAGAAAUCGUUGUGAGGAAAGAAGGUUAUGGAAUUGGUCAUGUGGUUGAGGAAUUUGAUUCCAAUGGGAAAUGCUCUGUUCCUAAACAAGAGUUGGUUAGGAAUGCUGAGCCUCUAAUUGAAGAGGAGCCACUGAAGCCAUGGAUCACUCUCAAGAGGAAUGUGAAGAACAUAAAGUACCUCCCUUCAAUGGUUGAUAUCAGCUUUAAGAAUAGGUAUGUGUAUGUGGAUGUUGGAGCUAGAAGCUAUGGCUCUAGUAUUGGAAGUUGGUUUAGGAAACAGUACCCAAAACAGAACAAGACCUUUCAUGUGUAUGCAAUUGAAGCUGAUAAAACGUUUCAUCAGGAGUAUGGUUUGAAAAAGGGGAUAACUUUGCUGCCUUAUGCUGCAUGGGUGAGGAAUGAGACCUUGACUUUUGAGAUUAAUCGCAACCCUGGCGAGAAGGUUCAGGCUAAAGGAAGAGGAAUGGGGAGGAUUCAGCCUUUGGAAUCAAGGGGUGAUUUUGAUGCUGAUGUUGAGAAGAUACAAGGAUUUGAUUUUGCCAACUGGUUGAAGAACACGGUUUCGAAGAAUGACUUUGUUGUGAUGAAAAUGGAUGUGGAGGGUACUGAAUUUGAUUUGAUUCCAAGAUUGUUUGAAACUGGGGCUAUCUGUUUGGUAGAUGAGGUUUUUCUUGAGUGUCAUUACAAUAGAUGGCAGAGAUGUUGCCCUGGACAGAGGAGUCCUAAGUAUGAGAAAACAUAUAACCAAUGCUUGGAACUCUUCACUUCUCUCAGAAAAAGUGGAGUUCUUGUUCAUCAAUGGUGGUAACUUCCUGAUAGGUGACAUUUUCUGUAUCAUUCUUAGUUUCAUUUUACCUUCUACAAUUUUUUUUCCUCAUAGUUUUUUUUUUUUUUUUUUUUCCAAUUUUUCCCGUCUUUAGAGAAGAUUCCUUUUGUUUUUUAAAUUUCCUUACCUGUAAC